CGAACACGCACGUCGCUCAGCCAGCAUGGGUCGCGUUCGCACCAAGACCGUCAAGAAGGCGUCGCGGGUGAUCAUCGAGAAGUACUACUCUCGCCUCACCCUCGACUUCGCGACGAACAAGCGGAUCUGCGAGGACGUCGCCAUCAUCCCGUCCAAGCGUCUUCGGAACAAGAUCGCGGGGUUCUCGACGCACCUCAUGAAGCGCAUCCAACGCGGGCCCGUGCGCGGGAUCUCGCUCAAGCUCCAGGAGGAGGAACGCGAAAGGCGCAUGGACUUUGUUCCGGACGAGUCCGCGCUCGCGGUGGAGACGAUCGAAGUCGACCGCGACACGAUGGACAUGCUCAAGUCUCUGAACAUGGGUAACCUCCCGGGCGUGACGCUCCAGACCAGGGGCGGGAACCGCGGCGGGUUCCAGCGCAAGGAGGGUGGGGGUGGCGGCCGCAACUAG